CUGAUGCUAAUUGAUUAGCUCGCUAUUUACUAGUAACAAACUAACGAAGUGAUGAAAAAAAACGGAGCGCCGACUGUUUGGACAGUCUGUUAGUACAAUUAACCACACAGCAAGCCGUGUUAUUUAUCCAGUAUUUACAUGAAAAAUUAUCCGAAAUUCAAAAACACCGCAAACACAGACGGAUUUCAGUGAUUGAAUGAGCUAGGUGUUUGCAGGCGACCGCCAGCAGUCAGCUGCCAAUCAAAGUGACGUCGCUCUUCAUUAUGCAUGAUUUUAGAUUGGGAGUCAGAAACUGACACCGAAGGGUUUUGACGCGCUGGGAGUGAGAAUGUAAUGUGGGAAAUAAGAACUAGUACAAAGUACAAAGUUAGGGCAUGUUUAGGACUGUUUGUGUGUGUGCUUUAGAUAAUCCUAUCCUUACUUGCCAUUGUGUUUAGAAAGUGUAAUCAAAGUUAAUGUCUGCAUCUAGCACCUUUGCUUUAUGAUUGUGUGUGAUUUAUUUAUUUAUUUUUUAUUUCACAGGUUCACCGUCUACAUCAUACAUAUUCAGAAGGCUCUAUAGAUUAGGUGCAGGGAAUGUGGAGUUGUAAGGGGUGCACAGAAACUGUAGCAAAGUGGCUUUGAAGAUGGAUACUCCUGUGAUCCUAAAGAUCAUAUUGACUGAUGGCAGCUCUCAGAGGUUGACACUCUCACAUGGACUCCCUGAAACAGUUGAUGACCUUAUUGUUGAAGUAAAGAGACAAUGUGGACUUCAGGGCAACUUAAAACUUCAAUUCAUGGACUCCUUGUUUGGAAACGAGUUUCUCAACUUAACCUCAAUGUCAGAGGUGGAAGACAGAGGCACUCUUAGAGUUAUUGAUAUGUCAAGGCCCACCACUAUGCAACAUGAUGAUAACUCUACUGUGCUUAAUUCAGUCCUACACCCCCAAGCAUCAAGUCCUUGCUCAACAACUGGCUCUUCAUUACGGCCAGGUGAACUUGUGGAUACAGACAUACUGUCAUCAAGUGAGUCUACAAGCUCACGGUCCUCCUGGCCAGCUGUGUUUCAUGUACCUAAGUUCUCCUAUGACACAGAGUUAAAACUUCAGCAGGCAGGUUUAGUUUACAUUCAAAAUGGCACUGCACUUAUUCCAGAUCCCAAGUUGAAGUCAGCUAUUCUUGAUGGAUUAGUGCAGCAAAUUGUGCAGUAUAAAGUGUAUGUCACUGAUAAGGAGAUGGAACAGGUAGCCCAGAGUCUCAUCAAGAGACAUGCAUGUUUAACUGAGAAGGGCUCCAGCACUGGAUGUGGUGGAUGGAAAAUGAGUUUAAAAUAUAAACUGUCUAACUAUCGCACACAUCUGAGAAAACUUGGAUGCCCAGAAGUGACGGUGAACUCCAUAAAAAACAAACCUGCUGGAAAGCACAGUGCAGCUUUUGGCAUCAAAAAGGCAAAGAGAGCAGAAGUUAAUUUUUGCCCAACAUACCCAUCAGCAGAAACUGAGGAGAGUCUAGAAGCCAUGCGGAAAGCUUUACUCUUGGAUGUAAGGAAGAGGAACAACCGAGAGGUUGUCAAGCUCAACAUGGAAAAGACUUUCGCAUUGAGAAGACAUGAGGUUGUUCGUGAUGCACCGAUGGUGGAUGAUUUCAUGGCGAGAUGGCCUGCUUUGUUUGAAGUCAGUGAGAUCAACGCUGAAUUCAAGAGAAUCACGACUGUACCACUUCAGUCCAAGUUCUUUUCUCAGGUGGACCUCCACACUGACAACUUGACAAGGCUGUUCCAGAAGAGAGGAGGACAGCUAGGUGAACGGCUCAAAAGAAUCACUGCACAAAUUGCCAAUUGUGAUGAUGUAGAUGCUGGACGAGAGUGCAUCAUUAAAGGAGUCUGUGUCUACAUGGGCGAAGAUCCAGAUAACCUCCUACAGGAAUAUGUGAGCCUGGAUCAGAACACGAUCAACAAGGCCAUUGAAGACACUACAGUUGGUAUAUAUGUUGUCAAAGAACAUGCUUCAAGUGAUGAAGCAGAGGACAUUGGCAUUGUUCUUGAAGGCAUCAAGGUGUUACAAAACCUUGAUAAUGUAGCAUUAGGUGUUGCUGUUUUAUUUGGAUUGAUGUAUGCGCUGAACCUCAGCUAUCCUGCUGACCUCCGCUACACUUUUGAGGUAAUUCAAAAGAUCUGGAUGGAACUGGAUCGAGGGAAACUUUCCAACAGAGCACUUGCUCUGAAAAACAGGCUCCAUCAGUGAACAGUUCAGACUGGAUUGACUGCACUUUUUUUUAAGUUUUGUUUCUCAGUGACAAGUUUAUGCAGGAUUUAUUGCUUUUUGUUUACAAACCUGUUACUGUUAUUAUGUUCUAUUUGCUCUUGAGGAUGCACUGGAUGCUCAAGCUCACAUUAUAUUUUUGAAUGUACUGUGAUAGGUUCAGAUUAUCUGCUGUGAACCUGGUACUCUGAAAAAAGUUAGAUUAUUUGUAAGAUGAAUCCAUUGCACUUUAUGCAGAAUUUACUUUUAAUUCAUUUUUGUUGUGAAUUUACUGUGAAAACUGUUUUUGUGUUUUAACGUGAUUUGUAUUUUCAAUAUUUGUGUU